UUAUAUCUAUUCAAGAUGGCUACCAGUAAGUUGAAUCAGUUUCUGGAACAUGUUGAUGAGAAGGUCUUAGAGUGUACCAUCUGCUUUAAGAGACUUCAAAAUCCAAAAUCCCUCAACUGCCUCCAUAGUUUCUGUUUGGCAUGCCUGGUAGAUUGGGUUAAGGAGAAGGGUAAGCUGACUUGCCCAACUUGCUCAAAAUCAUAUCCCAUUCCAAAAGGAGGGCUUGAGAAGCUUCCACCAAAUACCUUUCUAAAUAACUUAUUAGAAACUAUCGAACAAUUUUCACACAGUGAUCACACGAAAUGUAGUGUUUGUGAAAAGGAAAGACAAGUAAAAUACUACUGCCAGGAUUGCAGACAGUAUUUGUGCUCUACUUGUAGUGAUCAACAUAAGAGGUAUACACUCUUUGUAAAUCACAAGUUACAUUUACUGGAGGAUGUGCAAUCAAUGAGUCCCUCUGAGAUGACUUUGUUACAUCCGCCUCUGUGUUCACAUCACAGUAAACCUUUGGAGUUCUACUGCACAGAUUGUAAAACUCCAAUCUGUGUGAAUUGUAUACUUAUGGACCACAAUGCAUGGGAUGGAAAACACAAAUCAAUCAACAUUUCAGACGCAUUCCAAAUAUUAAAAAAAACUUCAGCCACCUUGGAAAAAUCUGCCCAACACUUCAUAAACAAAUUAGAAGGCGGUCUCAAAGCUGUUAUCCACAAUGCUACAAAAUUACAACAAAAUAAAGACACAUGUUUAAUAGAUAUAGACAAUCAUGUAGAAGAAAUAUUCAAAAAAGUAAAAGAGAAUAGAGACAAAAUGAAAAAUGAAGUAGAAACAAUCUACAAACGAAAAAAGAAGGUAAAUGAUGUACAAAUGGAUGAAUUUAAAGCAAUAUUAUCCGAUAUAAAAACAAAACUGUCUUUUCUUAAUCAAUUAUUGAAGAGUGAUGAAGGCACUGCAAUGCAGUCAAGUGAAACAGUAGUUACAGCACUCAGAGACAGAAUAAAUGAAUUACCAAAAACAGAGCAAGAUGAUAAUGGAGAAAUUUACUACUUCAUAAACAAACAGCAAAUGACUUCAUUAAGACAAUGUGAUAUAGGGACUGUAACAGAUUUUAGGGCAGCAGACUGUUUAACAUUAGAAGGAGAGGAAUUCGUGAUCAAAGAUCAGACAAUUAUUGUCAAAAUAAUCAAAACAGAUGAACAUGAAAUAUAUGCUAAUCAACUGAAGGCAACAUGGACACAUCCUGCAGGGGAAACCAACAUCUCUCAAAUUCAGGAAGAUGACAAUGGAGAUUAUUUUGUAAAAGGAAAAUGCACAAGUCCAGGAGUUUGUAAACUAGAUGUGAGUGCUGAUGAUGAACCAGUUAACCAAUCACCAAUGAUAAUCAAAAUAGAAGACAGAUUAGUAAAUACUAUUAAAAUAAAUGCAACAUUUAUUAUAGAUGUAGUUAAGUGUGAAGAUGACUCCUUACUGGUUUCAUGUCGGACAAAUGAAAUGCUCAAGUACAAGCAAUCAGAAUAUAUUGGUAAGGUUACACUACCACAAGGUGUGGGAGUUAACAGAAUGUACAAAAUGAAGAAUGGUAACAUAGCAUUCAGUGAUUACAAUGUUAAUAAACCUAUCAGAAUAUGCAAUAUGAAUGGUCAGCUGAUUAAAACAAUUAGUGAGGGAGCAAAGAAUACACCACAGAGUUUUCAUGUGGAUGAGACAUCAAAUGUUUUGUAUGCAGCAGGUGGGUUCAGUAGCUGUGUGUACAUGUUUGACAUGAAUAAUGGCAAAACCAUCAAAACAAUAUGGUCAUAUGGUACAAAAGAAGGUAAAAUGAGUUAUGUCACUGAUGUUACUCUUACUAACCAAGGACACCUUCUUGUAUUGGACAAUGGCAACAGUAGAUUACAAUUAUUUAAUAAUGAGGGAAGGUUUAUAAAAGUCCUUGUUGAAGCAGGUGAUGAGGAUGGUAAGGUAAAUUCUCCAUGUGGAGUAGUAGUUGAUGAGGAUGACAACAUCAUUAUAUCAAGUGAACACAAACUACAGCUAUUCAGUAGUGAUGGAACUUUCAUAAAAAGAAUUGAUAAACCAGAAGAUGGAAUCAAAUGUCCAUGGGGAUUAUCCAUCAUUUCAUAUCAUCCAAGGAGAAUUGCAGUAGCAAAUGAUGGUGACAACACAGUAAAAAUAUUCAAUUAUUAAAUACUGACAGUCCACUUGCUUCACUUGUGUGUUUUCAACAAUUCAAAUUUAUAAGUGUAGGAAUAUCUACAUAUCCAUUAUUUCAUAUCAUCCACAUAGAGUUAAGUUAUGGAUCUUAAACUUAAAAUAAUUAUUCAAUACAAUAAUAUCAAAAUAUAAAGUUGCAUAAUGUUUAUAAACUUGUUAAAAUAUUUGAUUAUUGAAUAUGAUAUACAUAGAGCUGAAGUUAUGGUUUUUUUGUAAACUGUUAAAAUAUUAAUUAUUCUACAUAAAUGAUAUCUAUAGAGUUGAAGUUAUUAAACAGAAAACAAUAAUAUUUCUAUAGACUAAAGUCUCUUAUUAUUUUAUCUAUCGAAGAGGCAUUUAAAGUUCAGAAACUUGUACUAGGUUUUAAGAUUUUAAAAGGUUUUUGUCCUUCAUUUUCUCAGUAUGUAAAUAGUAGUGAAAGAUGUAAGGGUAGACUUAUACAUUGGAAUGCAAAGUCUAAUACUUUUCUUAAUUCUGUUUACGUUAUAUUCCCACGACUAUGGGAACAAUUACCAAUAGAAAUUCAAAAUUAUCAAUUAAUUUCAUUAUUUAAGUCUGCUCUUACAAAAUAUCUUCUUUCAAUGUAUUAAUUAACUAAUUUCAAUUUAAAAUUUUUAGUAUCUAAUUUUAAAUUUCUUAUUUUUAUUUUGUGUUCUAUGGAGCAAGUACAUUGAUUGUUUGGGCUUUCGCCUAUUGUAAUCUGCCAACCUCAACUGUUUACAGUGUAGUUCUCAUCAAAUUUGAAUCACACACUAUUGAUCUUAUGAUUUCAUAUUUUUGUAGUGUAAGUUUUUAAUCAUAUCAUGCAUAAAUGCAUGUUAUUUUCUUGCAUAUUGAUGUUAAAAAUGUUACUUUUCAAUCUAUUGGGGCUUUUAUGUACAGCCUAUCAACUUAUAUCUCUUUGAUUUUCAUAAAUUUUGGUAUUUGCAAGCUUGUUUAUUCUUUCUUUAGUACCUGUAUAUUUUUUCUGGUUUUUUUGUAUAAAAAAAACCUAAUAAGCACACAACAGAGUGUAUAUUAUAAAUACACCUAUGGGCAUUUAUCCAUUAAAUGAAUAAGAUGCGAUGAGUCAGAUUGAUUAUUCUUGUAUAUAUUUAAUUUUUCUUAUAAACUUGAAUCUGCGUAAAUAAUCUGCUUCAAAUUAGUGGGACAGGGAUAUAUUUAAAAGGGGGUUUGUAAGCAUUUUAUUAUUUCAUCAUCAUAAAAAGGAAUAAACUGUAUAUGAUUUAGGUAGUUAAGCUUGGCUUAUUUUUUUGUAUUCAUCAUAAAUCUUAAUCUGUAUACAACCUAAUAAAUUUAUAGAUUUUCAUGUACACUUUGACAAUAAAUUAUCUGAAUCUGAUAUGUAUGUACAGUAUAAUUGUUAUUACUA